CAGUGACAAUCUUCCCAGUACAAUCUGCAAUUAAAUCAACAGACACAGUCAGCUAUAACAGAGGCAUCAUUACCUCAAGUCACAAUGGGACCAUUAUCAUCGAAAACAGAUUCAGUAACACCAAGUGAAACAACAGUGUCUGCAUCAGAAUCGGUACCGACAACAACACAAAUACCAGCAUCUAGUGCUCGUUUUACAGCUGCAGAGGCAACAAGUACAACUACUUCAUCAACAGGAGCAACAUUAACAACUGCACUGGACACAACCACAGCAUCAACCAUCAGAUAUGAAUCAGAAGCAACCAAGACUACACUAGCUGAGGGUUCAUCUACUGGAUUACAUUCUAUGGCAGUAGAUACAGUGACAACAACAAUAGCCCUGGCAGAGUCUGUUACUGCAACCAAAGCUUCAACAUUGGCACCAGAAACAUCUCAAGUCACAACAGAACCUUUACCAUCCCAAACAGAAACUACAACAUUAAUGUUGAUGACGCCAGUAACCGUGACUCAUAACUCAGAGGUCUCCACCACUGUCAAAAGAAUGACAGAAAAACCUACAACACAAACUGAAAUGGAUUCUUCAUCAGCAGGACAAACUACAUUGAGAGCAUCUGGUACAACAGAAUCAACACUUACUCCGACUACAGCAGCACCAAAAACAGAGAAAUCAUCACCUAUAACUGAAGCAGGUGAAGUAAAGACAACAGCAGCAGGAACAUCCAGAACUACAAAAUCACCUGCAGAAACUCCAACAUUUUUAGUCCCAACAAGUGCAACUACUGCAGCAUCAGCAGGAGUGACAUCAGUAUUGCCAGCAACUGUAUCAGGGACAACCACAGCAUCAACCAUCAGAUAUGAAUCAGAAAUAACCAAGACUACACUAGCUGAAGGUUCAUCUACUGGAUUACAUUCUAUAUCAGUAGAAACAGUGACGACAACAACAGCCCAGGCAGAGUCUGUUACUGCAACCAAAGCUUCAACAUUGGCACCAGAAACAUCUCAAGUCACAACAGAACCUUUACCAUCCCAAACAAAAACAACAAAGUUGAUGUCGAUGAAGCCAGUAGCCGUGACUCAUCACUCAGAGGUCUCCACCACUGUCAAAAGAAUGACAGAAAAACCUACAACACAAACUGAAAUGGAUUCUUCAUCAGCAGGACAAACUACAUUGAGAGCAUCUGGUACAACAGAAUCAACACUUACUCCGACUACAGUGACACCAAUAACAGAGAAAUCAUCACCCGAAGCAGGUGAAGUAAAGACAACAGCAGCAGGAACAUCCAAAACUACAGAAACAUCUGCAGAAACUCCAACAUUGUUAGUCCCAACAACAAGUGCAACUACUGCAGCAUCAGCAGGAGUGACAUCAGUAUUGCCAGCAACUGUAUCAGGGACAAACACAGCAUCAACCAUCAUACAUGAAUCAGAAGCAACCAAGACUACACUAGCUGAGGGUUCAUCUACUGGAUUACAUUCUAUAUCAGUAGAAACAGUGACGACAACAACAGCCCAGGCAGAGUCUGUUACUGCAACCAAAGCUUCAACAUUGGCACCAGAAACAUCUCAAGUCACAACAGAACCUUUACCAUCCCAAACAGAAACUACAAAGUUGAUGUCGAUGAAGCCAGUAGCCGUGACUCAUCACUCAGAGGUCUCCACCACUGUCAAAAGAAUGACAGAAAAGCCUACAACACACACUGAUAUGGAUUCUUCAUCAGCAGGACAAACUACACUGAGAGCAUCUGGUACAACAGAAUCAACACUUACUCCGACUACAGCAGCACCAAAAACAGAGAAAUCAUCACCUAUAACUGAAGCAGGUGAAGUAAAGACAACAGCAGCAGGAACAUCCAAAACUACAGAAUCACCUGCAGAAACUCCAACAUUGUUAGUCCCAACAACAAGUGCAACUACUGCAGCAUCAGCAGGAGUGACAUCAGUAUUGCCAGCAACUGUGUCAGGGACAAACACAGUAUCAACCAAAAGAAAUGAACCAGAAAUAACCAAGACUACACUAGCUGAGGGUUCAUCUACUGGAUUACAUUCUAUAUCAGUAGACACAGUGACAACAACAACAACCCUGGCAGAGUCUGUUACUGCAACGAAAGCUUCAACAUUGGCACCAGAAACAUCUCAAGUCACAACAGAACCUUUACCAUCCCAAACAGAAACUACACAUUUGAUGUCGAUGAAGCCAGUAACCGUGACUCAUAACUCAGAGGUCUCCACCACUGUCAAAGGAAUAACAGAAAAACCUACAACACACACUGAUAUGGAUUCUACAUCAGCAGGACAAACUACAUUGAGAGCAUCUGGUACAACAGAAUCAACACUUACUCCGACUACAGUGACACCAAUAACAGAGGGAUCAUCACCCGAAGCAGGUGAAGUAAAAACAACAGCAGCAGGAACAUCCAAAACUACAGAAACAUCUGCAGAAACUCCAACAUUGUUAGUCCCAAGAACAAGUGCAACAACUGCAGCAUCAGCAGGAGUGACAUCAGUAUUGCCAGCAACUGUGUCAGGGACAACCACAGCAUCAACCAUCAGAUAUGAAUCAGAAAUAACCAAGACUACACUAGCUGAGGGUUCAUCUACUGGAUUACAUUCUAUAUCAGUAGAUACAGUGACAACAACAACAGCCCAGGCAGAGUCUGUUACUGCAACCAAAGCUUCAACAUUGGCACCAGAAACAUCUCAAGUCACAACAGAACCUUUACCAUCCCAAACAGAAACUACAACAUUAAUGUCAAUGAAGCCAGUAACCGUGACUCAUAACUCAGAGGUUUCCACCACUGUCAAAAGAAUGACAGAAAAACCUACAGCACAACCUGAUAUGGAUUCUUCAUCAGCAGGACAAACUACAUUGAGAGCAUCUGGUACAACAGAAUCAACACUUACUCCGACUACAGCAGCACCAAAAACAGAGAAAUCAUCACCUCUAACUGAAGCAGGUGAAGUAAAGACAACAGCAGCAGGAGCAUCAAGAACUACAAAAUCACCUGUAGAAACUCCAACAUUGUUAGUCCCAACAACAAGUGCAACUACUGCAGCAUCAGCAGGAGUGACAUCAGUAUUACCAGCAACUGUAUCAGGGACAAACACAGCAUCAACCAUCAUACAUGAAUCAGAAGCAACCAAGACUACACUAGCUGAGGGUUCAUCUACUGGAUUACAUUCUAUAGCAGUAGAUAAAGUGACAACAACAACAACCCAGGCAGAGUCUGUUACUGCAACCAAAGCUUCAACAUUGGCACCAGAAACAUCUCAAGUCACAACAGAACCUUUACCAUCCCAAACAGAAACUACAAAUUUGAUGUCGAUGAAGCCAGUAGCCGUGACUCAUCACUCAGAGGUCUCCACCACUGUCAAAAGAAUGACAGAAAAACCUACAACACACACUGAUAUGGAUUCUACAUCAGCAGGACAAACUACAUUGAGAGCAUCUGGUACAACAGCAUCAACACUUACUCCGACUACAGUGACACCAAUAACAGAGGGAUCAUCACCCGAAGCAGGUGAAGUAAAAACAACAGCAGCAGGAACAUCCAAAACUACAAAAUCACCUGCAGAAACUCCAACAUUGUUAGUCCCAACAACAAGUGCAACUACUGCAGCAUCAGCAGGAGUGACAUCAGUAUUGCCAGCAACUGUAUCAGGAACAAACACAGCAUCAACCAUCAUACAUGAAUCAGAAGCAACCAAGACUACACUAGCUGAAGGUUCAUCUACUGGAUUACAUUCUAUAUCAGUAGAAACAGUGACGACAACAACAGCCCAGGCAGAGUCUGUUACUGCAACCAAAGCUUCAACAUUGGCACCAGAAACAUCUCAAGUCACAACAGAACCUUUACCAUCCCAAACAGAAACUACAACAUUAAUGUCAAUGAAGCCAGUAACCGUGACUCAUAACUCAGAGGUCUCCACCACUGUCAAAAGAAUGACAGAAAAACCUACAACACACACUGAUAUGGAUUCUACAUCAGCAGGACAAACUACAUUGAGAGCAUCUGGUACAACAGCAUCAACACUUACUCCGACUACAGCAGCACCAAAAAAAGAGAAAUCAUCACCUAUAACUGAAGCAGGUGAAGUAAAAACAACAGCAGCAGGAACAUCAAGAACUACAAAAUCAUCUGUAGAAACUCCAACAUUGUUAGUCUCAACAACAAGUGCAACUACUGCAGCAUCAGCAGGAGUGACAUCAGUAUUACCAGCAACUGUAUCAGGGACAAACACAGCAUCAACCAUCAUACAUGAAUCAGAAGCAACCAAGACUACACUAGCUGAAGGUUCAUCUACUGGAUUACAUUCUAUAGCAGUAGAUACAGUGACAACAACAACAGCCCAGGCAGAGUCUGUUACUGCAACCAAAGCUUCAACAUUGGCACCAGAAACAUCUCAAGUCACAACAGAACCUUUACCAUCCCAAACAGAAACUACAAAUUUGAUGUCGAUGAAGCCAGUAACCGUGACUCAUCACUCAGAGGUCUCCACGACUGUCAAAAGAAUGACAGAAAAGCCUACAACACACACUGAUAUGGAUUCUUCAUCAGCAGGACAAACUACACUGAGAGCAUCUGGUACAACAGAAUCAACACUUACUCCGACUACAGCAGCACCAAAAACAGAGAAAUCAUCACCUAUAACUGAAGCAGGUGAAGUAAAGACAACAGCAGCAGGAACAUCCAGAACUACAAAAUCACCUGCAGAAACUCCAACAUUGUUAGUCCCAACAACAAGUGCAACUACUGCAGCAUCAGCAGGAGUGACAUCAGUAUUGCCAGCAACUGUGUCAGGGACAAACACAGUAUCAACCAAAAGAAAUGAACCAGAAAUAACCAAGACUACACUAGCUGAGGGUUCAUCUACUGGAUUACAUUCUAUAUCAGUAGAUAAAGUGACAACAACAACAACCCUGGCAGAGUCUGUUACUGCAACGAAAGCUUCAACAUUGGCACCAGAAACAUCUCAAGUCACAACAGAACCUUUACCAUCCCAAACAGAAACUACACAUUUGAUGUCGAUGAAGCCAGUAACCGUGACUCAUAACUCAGAGGUCUCCACCACUGUCAAAAUAAUAACAGAAAAACCUACAACACACACUGAUAUGGAUUCUACAUCAGCAGGACAAACUACAUUGAGAGCAUCUGGUACAACAGAAUCAACACUUACUCCAACUACAGUGACACCAAUAACAGAGGGAUCAUCACCCGAAGCAGGUGAAGUAAAAACAACAGCAGCAGGAACAUCCAAAACUACAGAAACAUCUGCAGAAACUCCAACAUUGUUAGUCCCAAGAACAAGUGCAACAACUGCAGCAUCAGCAGGAGUGACAUCAGUAUUGCCAGCAACUGUAUCAGGAACAACCACAGCAUCAACCAUCAGAUAUGAAUCAGAAAUAACCAAGACUACACUAGCUGAAGGUUCAUCUACUGGAUUACAUUCUAUAUCAGUAGAUACAGUGACAACAACAACAGCCCAGGCAGAGUCUGUUACUGCAACCAAAGCUUCAACAUUGGCACCAGAAACAUCUCAAGUCACAACAGAACCUUUACCAUCCCAAACAGAAACUACAACAUUAAUGUCAAUGAAGCCAGAAACCGUGACUCAUAACUCAGAGGUCUCCACCACUGUCAAAAGAAUGACAGAAAAACCUACAACACACACUGAUAUGGAUUCUACAUCAGCAGGACAAACUACAUUGAGAGCAUCUGGUACAACAGAAUCAACACUUACUCCGACUACAGCAGCAACAAAACCAGAGAAAUCAUCACCUCUAACUGAAGCAGGUGAAGUAAAGACAACAGCAGCAGGAACAUCCAGAACUACAAAAUCAUCUGCAGAAGCUCCAACAUUGUUAGUCCCAACAACAAGCACAACUACUGCAGCACCAGCAGGAGUGACAUCAGUAUUGCCAGCAACUGUGUCAGGGACAAACACAGCAUCAACCAUCAUACAUGAAUCAGAAGCAACCAAGACUACACUAGCUGAGGGUUCAUCUACUGGAUUACAUUCUAUAGCAGUAGAUACAGUGACAACAACAACAGCCCUGGCAGAGUCUGUUACUGCAACCAAAGCUUCAACAUUGGCACCAGAAACAUCUCAAGUCACAACAGAACCUUUACCAUCCCAAACAGAAACUACAAAGUUGAUGUCGAUGAAGCCAGUAACAGUGUCUAACACCUCAGAGGUCUCCACCACUGUCAAAAGAGUGACACCAGAAACUGCAAAACAAGCUGAUAUGAAUUCUUCAUCAGGAGGACAAACCACAUUGAGAGCAUCUGUUACAACACUUGCUCCGACUACAGCAGCAACAAAAACAGAGGGAUCAACAAUUACUCCUGCUACAGUGGCCCGAGUAACCACAAAUACGGAUCCCCCUUUACUGGAUGAAAGAAGCAUAGGGUUAAGAUUCAGUCUUAAUGAAAUUUUCCAAGAAAUAUUAAGUAACAGAUCAUCCGUUGCUUUCUUGAUAUUGGCAACCAGAGUGGUAACUGAGAUAAACUCAGUUUACGAGGCAAGUAAUCUCAGAGGAUACAGGCGAUCCAGAGUCGAAUCCUUCACGAGGGGCUCGAUUAAAGUGGAGAUGUCUCUUAUUUUUGUAAACUCUUCUAUGGUCCCAAGCCCAGUUGAGGUAGAAUCUGUUCUUUAUGGAAAUGCUAUAAAUGGGAGCAUACUUCUGAAUAUCACACUGGACACAAUCAAAGCAGAGGAAAUAGUUACUUCUAACACACCUUUCCCAAAUGCAACCAUACAAACUACUACCAUGGAAUCCACAGCAAGCACAGGCGAGAACACAAACACCACUUCUGGUGCCUUUUCACAGAUGGUAUGCUGUUCACUAAUGUCUAUAUCUCCAGGCAUCGUGGUUUUAUUAGCCCAGACUGUGAUGUUUUUUUAAUUGUAUAAUGUACUGUAAAGUUAAAAAAAAAAAAAAAAAAAACAUAAAACACUGUAGAAAGACACUAUGUUUAAUAAUAUUUAAGCUGAUUUUAUUUGAACUAGACAAUUGUUGACUAUUAUAUUAGGCACAGAUUGUACUGCAUACAAGUUUUAGGACCCUAUACUAAUAAUCUAAUUAUUUAUUAAAUUAUUCUCCCCACCUGCAGAUCACAAGUUACCAUUUGAUAAUAUAUUAAUAUUAACAGCAUAACUUCACAAUAAGGUCUAAUUUGUUAACAUUAGUUAUUGCAAUGACUAACAUCAGCCUAUAUUUUUACAGCAUUUAUUGAUGUUAGAUAACGAAGAGUUUCUUGUUUAUGUUAGUUCACUAAAGUUAAUAUGCAACUUUUGACCUUCAAAAUCGAAAUGUUGAGAUUAACAUUAGCUAAGAUUAAUAAAUGUUAAUGUUCUAAUGUUUUUAAGAAAUGUUAACAAAUGAAACCUUAUUGUGAAGCGAUAUCAUAUUGACUAAACAAUCAAUAGAAGUCAUCAGGGAUUUGUGCAAUUAAAUAGUUUGUCAAAAACGUUUAUUUUGUUGGUUUUAGAUAAUAAUGUGCUUCACGUUAUUCUUUUUGAAUACUGAUAUGUGUUGUUAACGUUAUGGUUGAUAUUUCAUAUAAGCCUACUAUAUUUUGAGUAUUGUAUCUGUAUUUAUCUUUGUUAUUAAAGUUGUGGCAUUCUGACAUGUAUCUUGUUUUGUCUUUGGAUUGUGCUAGCAUUAAUUAAAAUAUGGGUCUAUUCAGGUUUAAAUAGUUUUAAAUCUUUGUAAAUAUAUAUAAAAGAUUUACAGGACGGUAAAUGUCCUGUUUUAAUGUAUUUGUUAUACAAUAUUGUGGGUGAUCUGAUGUUUUUUUAACCCUAUGGUACGAAAUAUGAUAUCAGUCAGAAAAAAAAAAUUUUUUGCGGUUUUUCGUGUUUAAA